GCAGCGCGAGGCGCCUUUUCCAGGGAGCGGGGCAGGAGCGCCCACUAAUUCGCGGGCGCCAGGAAAAGCCCAACUUAACGACGGGCCGUUUGGCCUUUGCACCAACCCCCGAGUCUCAGACGGACGGCGAAGGAGACUGGAGCUGAGCGGAGCUCUCCCGGGGAAAUUAGAGCUCUCCAGGUCGAGUUGAAGAGGGAGGGAGGAGUGUCGUGUAGCUCAAGGCCAGCGGUGGAUCUUCCGGGCCAGUUUUUUCUGGUGGCUGCGAAAUGUGGGAAGAGGACAAGAUCGUGCUCGGCGGUGGCAGCAGCGAUGCGGUUCUGACCAGCGCCGCGGCGCGGGGGCAAGUGGAGACUGUGCGGCAGCUCCUAGAGGCCGGUGCGGAUCCCAACGGAGUCAACCGCUUCGGGAGGCGCCCGAUCCAGGUCAUGAUGAUGGGCAGCACCCGCAUAGCAGAGCUGCUGUUGCUCCACGGCGCGGACCCCAACUGCGCGGACCCCGCCACCCUCACCCGACCCGUGCAUGACGCCGCCCGGGAGGGUUUCCUGGACACCCUGGUGGCGCUGCACCGAGCAGGGGCACGGCUGGAUGUGCGAGAUUCCUGGGGCCGCCUGCCCGUGGACCUGGCUGAGCAGCAGGGCCACCGGGACAUCGCCCGGUACCUGUGCGCAGCCGCAGGAGACUGAUGGUGGGUGCGCCCAGCCGCCCACAGUGACUUUUCUUUUCUCCCCGGUUCCCCUUCCCCAACUUAGCCCAAUAAAGGCUGCAAACGUGGAGCUGCGGAAAGCCUGAAAGCCUUCCUGGGC